CAUUUAUUGAAGCAUGUAGACAAAUUUCCAGUUAUCGCAAGAGUUGUCUCACUUGUUCAGAACAUAUUUGUCUACAUCCCUCAUCAUGGAAAAGUUUUUAAGCCCUCAGCGCUUGGACAUCACCCUCACAGAUAAAGGUGACGAAGUUGCAGAUACCUACCUGCACUGGAAACAGACUCUAGACAAUUUUAUUACUAUUCUUGGUGAAAAAGCUAACACCGAAGAGACACAAUAUAUGGUGCUUUGCAAUUAUGUGAGCCCCUCAAUAUAUACAACUAUCAAGGGUGAAACAAAGUUUUCGGAGGCAGUUAAGAUCUUGAAUGGUUUGUUUGUUAAAACAAAGAAUACUAACUUUGCGAGAUUGUGUUUAUCUACACGGAGUCAAACUGAAGCUGAAUCAGUUGAUCAAUUCGUCUUGGCGUUGCGGACACUGGCAAAACAGUGUAAUUUUACCGAAGUAUCAGCUGCUGUUCAUGGGGAAGAGAGCAUUAGAACAGCUCUUAUCAGUGGGCUAAGGGACAAGCAAAUUCGGCAGCGCCUAAUGGAGGACACUAAAAGUUUAGAUGAUACCAUCACUCUGGCUUGUACUCUGGAGCAAUCAAUCUCAAACAAUGAAAAGUAUAACGGUUCUAAUCUAAAUGGUAUUGUUAAGGGAAACGAUUCUGGACUGGAUUCAAAGGAUCAUGCGGUUGUAGCUGCCACUCACGGCAAUUCAGUUAGUCCUAAUAUAAAGUGUGGAUAUUGUGGUAAGGAGUACCAUGUUCGAACUGCGUGUCCUGCUAAUAAUACUACUUGUAAAACUUGCGGUAAGCGCGGACAUUGGGCACGAGUAUGUCGAUCAGCGACGGGUCUUGGGAAGACCGCACCUAAUGAUUACUUCUCUAAGAAGAACUCUGCAAACAACGCUUAUACUCCAGUUAACAACGCCUACAACGUCCCGUCUGCUGAUCAGCCCCAGCAAUCAUCCCCAUUCUCUUAUCUUUGUGCUAUGUCUCCAUCGACACCUUCAACGCUGUCUCAGACAACCGUCAACGCAAAGGUAAAUAAUCAUAUCGCUUACAUUUUGAUUGACACUGGUAGCUCAGAGAGUUUUGUUGACUUGGGUUUUGCUAGGCGAAAUGGCAUAACGAUAGGCCCUGGUACGAACAAAAUAACUUUAGCUUCGGAAUCAAUGUCAACAAACACUCAGGGGUCCUGUGUAGUAGAUAUUGUGAUUGAAGGCCACUCCUAUUCAGAGUGUAAAUUAUCAGUUAUGGACAAACUAUGUUGCGACGCAAUCGUGGGUUUGGAUUUACUCCGAAGUCAUAUGAAUCUUGUGGUUAAUUUCGGAGGAAAUAGAGAUCCCUUGGUGAUAGAUGAAGCUGGUAGGAACUGUGCACAGCUUUCAAUGUCGAACCUUGAGCCCAUACCUCUAUUCUCCACAUUAAUGGAAGGCACCAAUCCAAUCGCUUGUAGGUCCAGAAAGUACUCUGAUGCAGAGAGAGCAUUUAUAGCAAAAUCGGUUAAAGAGUUAUUGGAACAGGGCACUAUUAGGCCAAGUAAUAGUCCUUGGAGAGCACAGGUCCUCGUUACAGGUUUAGAUUCGGCAAGGCCCCGAAUGGUGGUAGACUACUCUCGAACGAUCAACAAAUUCACACACUUAGAUGCGUAUCCUCUGCCAAACCUUGAUACUAUGGCCUCGCAGAUAGCUAAGUACAGGAUCUAUAGCACAUUUGAUCUUAAGUCUGCCUACCAUCAAAUCCCGAUUCUCGAAGGAGAAAAGCCACUCACAGCCUUUGAAGCAGCUGGGAAACUAUUUGAAUUUAAUGGCAUUCCCUUUGGAGUCACUAAUGGCGGGCCUGUUUUUCAACGUAAUAUGGACAUACUUGUGGAGGAAAAUAAGUUAGAUAGUGUUUUUCCUUAUCUGGACAAUAUAACGGUUGGGGGCUAUGAUCAGGAAGAUCACGACAAAAACGUCAAGGGGUUAUUGUCGACUAUUAAGAAGUUGGGACUAACGUUGAAUCAUGAUAAGACUAUAAGUUCAGUUGAAACUAUCAACAUUUUGGGCUAUCAAAUUUCUCACGGCACUAUCCGUCCUGAUCCUGAGCGCAUGCAGCCGUUGAGGGACUUGCCGGUACCACAUGAUGCUGACUCACUAAAAAGGGCCAUGGGCUUAUUCUCUUAUUAUGCUAAAUGGGUGCCAAAAUUCUCGGACUUGGUACGACCUUUGAUAGACCCGGAAUUCCCCCUACAGAAAGAGGCAAUCACGGCAUUUAAUAAUCUGAAAACGUGUAUAGAGGGUUCCUGUGUAGUCUGCCCUAACACUAAUGAGCUGAUGGUGCUAGAGUCUGACGCUUCUGAUUUUGCAGUCUCGGCCAGUUUGAAUCAAGGAGGAAAACCGGUGGCAUUCUUUUCUCGAACAUUGAAGCCUCAUGAAAGGAAACAUCAUGCAGUGGAGAAGGAGGCUUGUGCUAUUGUGGAGGCAUGUCGUGCGUGGCGACAUUACUUAGUUAGCCGGCACUUUAAAUUACUUACGGAUCAGCAGGCUGUUUCGUACAUAUAUGAUAAAAAGAAUCAUGGAAAGACUAAAAACAGCAAGAUAGACCGAUGGCGUAUUGAACUCAGCUGUCUAGACUUUGACAUAGAGUACAGACCAGGCCCGCUUAAUGUCACAGCGGACUGCUUGUCAAGAGCAUUUAGUGCUGCUACAUAUCAUACAGGUCCUUCCCUCUCUCGGAUUCACGAAGAACUAUGUCACCCUGGGGUCACUAGAAGGUAUCACUUCGUUAGGAGUAAGAAUCUUACCUAUUCUCUAGCGGAGGUAAAAGAGACCAUCGCGAAAUGUGUGGUGUGUUCUAAGAUUAAACCACGUUUCUGUAAGUCCGAGAACUCUCCAGUGAUUAAGUCAACACAACCUUUUGAACGAUUGAGCAUUGAUUUUAAGGGACCCUUACCAAGUGGUACAGGGAACAGGUUCAUAUUAACUGUAGUUGACGAGUACUCGAGGUUCCCGUUUGCCAUUCCGUGCCGUGAUCAAGAGUCAAGGACAGUGAUUAAGGCGCUCAUGAAUUUAUUUUCAUUGUUCGGUACUCCGGGGAUGGUCCACUCGGAUAAUGGACCAUCACUCGUCUCUCACGAAUUCAGAUCAUUCCUAAUUGAGAACAACAUUGGAUUCUCAAAUAGCAGCCGGUAUAAUCCCAGAGGAAAUGGCCAAGUUGAAAGAUAUAAUGCCGUUAUAUGGAAAGGAAUUGAACUGGCGUUGGCUAAUAAGAAAUUAGCACCAUGUCACUGGGAACAGGUCCUCCCUCAAGUUCUGCACUCUAUCCGCACCUUAUUAUGUACCUCAACUAAUCAAUCACCUCACGAGCGAUUAUUUAGUUAUGUUAGGAGAUCUGCCACAGGUAAUUCGCUACCUUCUUGGCUUAUUGGGGCAUCCAAGGUUCUUCUUAAGAAACACGUGAGGUCUAAUAAAUACGAUGAUUUGUGCGAAGAGGUGGAUAUUGUCUCACUACAGCCUGAAUCUGCUAAAGUUAGGUUUGCUUCCGGAAGGGAGGCCUCGGUAUCGAUUCGGGAUAUUGCUCCUCUGGCAGGUCAAGUUGAGAUUGACCCUGGACAAAAUUCUGUUGUUGAUUGCGGUGAAGUACAGACUAUUGAUAGGGAAUUAACCGCAGGACCUGUUGUAAUCGGACAAGAUAGUGGCUCUGUUCCUACUGAGAAUACGUGUAACCCUGCUGUUCCGCCGUCGGACGUUGUGGUACCGGACUUUACCCCUGCAUUACGUAGGUCACAGAGGACUAAUAAGGGAGUACCUCCUCCGCGGUUUGAGGCAGGUUGAAACUUUAUUGACUUGCUGUUUAAUGAAUGAUAUAUUUUCUGGAAUUGUGAUUUUUAUGGUAUUAAUCAGAUUUAUAACUUGGUAGAUUUGAGGUUUUACGAAUCGUGUUUUACAAAUUCAUGUUUUAUGAGUGCCUUUUUGAACAACACAUGUUUAUGAAAGAUGUAUUUUUAUAUGAACCGAUUAUUUGGUUUUUUUGCGAGUAUGUGACUUUUGAGAAGUUUUAUCAAUGUUUUAUCAUAUGUACUGUAUCCUUAUCUGCGCAUUGAAAUGGCGCUAAUCCGUAUAAAAAGCACAAUUUUCAGCUGGCGCGCGCAUUUGCGCGUUUCUAUUUGUAAAAUUUUUAAAUUUUGUUUGAUUUUUACGGGGGGUGUAUGUUGUAUUUUAUUUAUUAACCAUUUAUCAUUGUUAGG